AUGACGUCUUUGUGUGUAUUUCAUGUAAUGGGUUCCUAUUUUAUUGCUUCCUUCUCGUGGAAUUGUUUUGUAUAAUUUUGCCAUAUUUGCACAUAAAUCAACUGAUAGACACAUUUAAUAAUGAUUUAACUUCUUAGAAGAGUGAGUCAGAAAGGAGUGAUAUUCUGGGCCACGGCAGUACAUGUAACUAAAUGACUGAUAAGCAUUCAGAGAGGAAGUCACACCAGGGUGUAACUCUCCUUGGAGCCUAGCAGCGUCCUCUAAAAGCUUUUCAGGGAAGAGAAAAAUAAGCUGCAUUUUAGAAAAAAUGUAAGGGGACAGGGGAGUUGUUGGAGUGGUUGCCUCUUUCUUUCGUUCUCUCACUCUCUUUCUCUCUUUUGCUCUCUAUCUCGAAAUAUCUGUCACUUGUUGUCCUUUCCUCCAUCCCUCUCUCCCACAGCAGUGUCGAUAGUUAAGGGAAAAGAGAAAAGCUCUGCCUCUCAAAAAUAAGUGGGAGGGAGGAAUGUUUUUGGGCUGUCUCCAGGCGGAACCUGGGAGGGAAAGAGAGAGCAAGGAGGGACAUAAAGAGAGAGAGAGAACCUAGUGAAUGCCUCUUCCCUUCUUCAGCCCAACAGCCAGUAUUGAGUUGCUUAGCACAGGCUGUUAAGGAAGAAACAGAGCAAGAGAGGGACGAGAGAAAAGAGAGAGAGAAGAUAGAACAGAGCCCUUCUCCCCUCCCACCCCUUAGUGAGCCAGUCUAAACCAAGCUGCUUGUCACUGCUGUUGUUCUGUGAAUGUGAUGCUGGUCAGACAGUCCCAUACGCAGAUUUCCAAACCUCUCGGAGCUCCUCUCAGAUCCCGAACGACCCUGGAGAGCCACGUCAUCUCCCCCCCAAAACUCUCACCACAGCAGCCGACCACCCCCAACAGCAACAUGUACCCUGAGGAGACACGCGGAGGUGGUGGGGCGGCCGCCUUUAACUACCUGGACGGAGGGUAUGACUACACAGCCCCUGCUCAAGGCCCGGCCCCCCUCUAUUACUCCACAACCCCCCAGGAUGCCCACGGACCCCCUUCAGAUGGCAGCAUGCAGUCCCUGGGCAGCAGUCCCACCGGCCCACUGGUGUUUGUGUCCUCCAGCCCCCAGCUCAGCCCCCAGCUCAGCCCCCAGCUCAGCCACUUCCUCCACGCCCCAAGCCACCAUGGUCUCCCCAGCCAGUCAUACUACCUGGAUACCUCGUCCACACCCUUAUACAGGUCGAGUGUGGUAACCAAUCAGCUGUCAGCGUCAGAGGAGAAGCUCUGCAUCGCCUCUGAUAGGCAGCAGUCGUACAGUGCAGCAGGGUCAGGGGUCAGGGUGUUUGAGAUGGCCAACGAGACGAGGUACUGUGCGGUCUGCAGCGACUUUGCCUCUGGGUACCACUACGGAGUUUGGUCCUGCGAGGGCUGCAAAGCCUUCUUCAAAAGGAGCAUCCAAGGUCACAAUGACUACAUGUGCCCUGCGACUAACCAGUGUACAAUGGACAGGAAUCGUAGGAAGAGCUGCCAGGCAUGCCGCCUCAGAAAGUGUUAUGAAGUGGGGAUGGUGAAAGGAGGCUUGCGUAAGGACCGCGGUGGGCGGGUUCUCAGGAAGGAUAAGCGGUAUUGUGGCCCUGCUGGUGACAGAGAGAAACCCUACGGUGACCUGGAGCACAGGACAGCGCCCCCUCAGGACGGGGGUAGGAACAGCAGCAGCAGCAGUCUCAAUGGUGGUGGAGGAUGGCGUGGGCCCAGAAUCACCAUGUCUCCUGAACAGGUGCUAUUCCUGCUGCAGGGGGCAGAGCCUCCGGCCCUGUGUUCUCGUCAGAAGGUGGCCCGCCCCUACACAGAGGUCACCAUGAUGACCCUGCUCACCAGCAUGGCUGACAAGGAGCUGGUGCACAUGAUCGCUUGGGCUAAGAAAGUACCAGGUUUCCAGGAGCUGUCUCUCCAUGACCAGGUGCAGCUGCUGGAGAGUUCCUGGCUGGAGGUGCUGAUGAUCGGACUCAUAUGGCGGUCCAUCCACUGCCCUGGGAAACUCAUCUUCGCCCAGGACCUCAUACUGGACAGGAGUGAAGGGGACUGUGUGGAGGGUAUGGCUGAGAUCUUCGACAUGCUCCUGGCCACUGUGUCUCGCUUCCGCAUGCUUAAACUGAAGCCUGAGGAGUUUGUGUGCCUCAAAGCCAUCAUCUUGCUCAACUCUGGUGCCUUCUCCUUCUGUUCUAACUCUGUGGAGUCCCUCCACAACAGCUUGGCAGUGGAAAGCAUGCUGAACAACAUCACCGACACCCUCAUCCACCACAUCAGCCAUUCAGGAGCCUCUGUGCAGCAGCAGCCCAGACGGCAGGCCCAGCUCCUGCUCCUGCUCUCACACAUCAGACAUAUGAGCAACAAAGGCAUGGAGCACCUUUACAGCAUAAAAUGUAAGAACAAAGUUCCUCUGUACGACCUGCUCCUGGAGAUGCUGGACGGUCACCGGCUCCAAUCCCCAGGCAAAGUGGCCCAAGCUGGGGAACAGACCGAGGGCCCCUCUACCACCACUACCACCUCCACAGGCUCCAGCAUAGGGCCGAUGCAAGGCAGCCAGGAUACCCACAUCAGAAGCCAUGGUUCCGGGGUACUCCAGUAUGGCUCCCCCAGCUCAGACCAGAUGCCCAUUCCGUGAGAUACAGAAAUAGGUAUUUGUACAUACGGAAGAUGUAGAAGUCCUAUUACAUACAGUAUGUAUAGAGAGAGAUAUUUUGAAAUGUAUGGAGGUAAGAAUGGAUAAAAAAAUAUGCAUUUAUUAAUGUGCAUAUUCAUUACUUAUUUGUUUGUAAUUUAAGUGAUUCAUUUGCAUUUGAUAGAUAGUCCAAAUUAUUUAGCAGCAAUCUAUUAAACAUUUAGAAAUGUUCACAUUUUUUACUGGUACACAACGGACUGAAAUGUACUCAGUCACACCAGGGAUGUAUUCACUAGGAACCAAAAGGAAGCAAACCAAAUGAAACGGGGAGGGACUAGUACCUAUAUUUGUCCAAUAGAAACACAUUUUCGUUGCCUUUCACCAUGUUUGCAACUUUUGAGUCAGUUCUCUUUUCUGUGGCUUUAGCAACAGUUUAAUCUUUCUGCUGCUUUGCACCAAGUAUUUAGCCAUUGUGUGGAGCACUGUGAGCAGCAGAGUCACGUGAUAGAGCAGCUAGUCUAUGUAGGUCAAUGCUUUAUACCCUGUGUGGACACAAGCUGUGCCUUGACCAAAGUGCACAUCUCCAGGUGAGGGAAAUGUGGGCAUUGUAUACCUUUUUGUAGCUUAACAUUGAUGACUGCUUGUCAUAUUAUUCUGAGACGGAUGUAUUCAAAACAUUGAAUAUAUACUUUUUUAUGGUUAUGGUGACAAAUUCAAAUAUUCUGAUACCAGGUGCCUUGUUUAGAAAAUGUACUUGUUUAAAUGUAUCAAUUUAAAAGCAGCCAACAUUUCUGAAAGCUUGAAUGUUCUGAGCAGUUCUCGCAAAGUGUUUGAAGAUAUUUAAAAACAAAUGCAAAAUGUGAUGUAUUUCUGUUAAUGUAUUACUGCAUUUUGUUCUAGAGUAAAUAUGUUCAUAAUCUAUGUUGUGCAGAACACUUCACAGCAUUUCAGUUGACUGACAACAUAUAUGUUAUCGACAUUGUAUAUGAUUAAAAACAGAAGUAAAAUAUUGGCCUCAAGCAAUUUAGCCUUUUCUGUCGCUGUUAUGUGGAUAUUUCUAUGCUUACUUGAACAGAUUGAUGUUCAUUUAAUGUAAUUGUAUAAUGUGAGUGUAAGGUAGACAUCUGGAGAUGAUCAAACACAUUGCUCCUUCAUUUGUUCUACCUUAUGAGCGCCACUGCUGAUGAAUCAGUCUGCUCUACAGUAGUCUACACACACCACACGUACAGGUGAUGUAUGUGAUUUAUGUUCAUGCACAGCCCACCUUUCAACUGACUGUCAUGUACCAUGCAUUGCUGUGAAUAAAGAAAUUUAACACA